CAAAGACAGACUCCCAAGUCUUCCCAAAGUCUUUUCGCCGUUCUCUCUCUCUCGCUUCCAGCCUAGCAUCGUCUAUUGCUUUUCUGUUUCUAGAGUUUUCUAAUCUGCUCUGUCCGAUCCCCAUGGCGACCGAUCUCGAGACUAGGGCUAAAGAGGCCUUCUUCGACGACCACUUCGAACUUGCCGUUGAUCUCUACUCUCAAGCCAUCGCUAUGAAUCCUAAGAACGCCGAGCUCUUCGCCGACCGCGCACAGGCCAAUAUCAAACUCUGCGACUUCCCUGAAGCUGUUGCUGACGCAAGCAAAGCAAUUGAAUUAGAUCCUUCAAUGCCUAAAGCAUAUUUGCGUAAAGGCACUGCAUGUAUCAAGCUUGAAGAAUAUCAGACUGCCAAGGCUGCUUUGGAAACAGGUGUUUCUUUAGCACCAGGAGAUUCAAGAUUUAGUAGUUUGAUCAAAGAAUGUGAAGUGUGCAUUGCAGAGGAAGCUGGUGAGCUGCCAGUGCAAUCAGUCGAUGAAGCCCCAACUGACGAUAUGAUUCCUCCUGCUUCUCAACUAUUGGACAAAACUGCUUCCCAAUCAUUGGAUGAAAGAGAUGUAGCUUCAAACGAUGCUCAGCCAGUUAGUAACCUUUCCAAACAGGUCACAAUGGUAUUAUCUAAACCAAAAUACAGGCAUGAAUUUUAUCAGAAACUAGAGGAAAUAGUUGUGACUAUAUUUGCAAAGGGUAUACCAGCAAAAAGUGUUGCGGUUGACUAUGGUGAACAAAUACUGAGUGUUACCAUUGAUUUGCUGGGUGAAGAUUCGUAUACUCUUCAAUCUCGGUUAUUUGGAAAGAUAAUUCCUGCAAAAUGUAGAUAUGAAGUUUUGUCUACAAAGAUUGAAAUACGCCUCGCAAAAGCUGAACCCAUACAUUGGACAUCUCUUGAAUUUAGCAAGGAUGUCACAGUUUUACGGCAAAUAAAUGUAUCGUCAGGCAAUCAAAAACCAGCUUAUCCUUCCUCAAAACCGACAAAAAAUUGGGAUAAACUGGAAGCAGAAAUGAAAAAGGAGGAAAAAGAAGAAAAAUUGGAUGGAGAUGCAGCUUUGAACAAAUUUUUCCGCGGCAUCUACCAAGAUGCUGAUGAGGACACAAGAAGAGCCAUGCAAAAAUCUUUUGUUGAGUCGAAUGGGACAGUGUUAUCCACAAAUUGGAAAGAAGUGGGUUCAAAGGUGGUGGAAGGAAGCCCUCCUGAUGGCAUGGAGAUGAGGAAAUGGGAAUAUUAGUAUCUUAACUCUAGUUAGAUACUGUGCGAUAUAAUUUUUUCUUUUUGAACUUUUGCUUGGUGGUGUUUGAAUCAGUCUAUUCAUUUGAUCUAUAAACUUUUAUAUGUUUUAAGAUUGUCUGAACUGUAUAUGAUACAUCUUCCUUGGUCGAAUUCAGAGAUUUCAUAGAGUUAUGGUUUCCUGUUGUGGUAAAUUUUUUGGGAUUUUUUUAUUUUAGUAUAAUUUGAUUCUCUUGAAACACUCGUGAGCAUUGCUGCUGUAAUUAUGAUAUUAC